UCCUUCUUACUUGCCCUGCUCAUCACCACAGCGUGUGGACCGCGGCUUCAGUCAAAGGAAGUCGGUGCUCUUAAUUUGCCUCGGAGUGAACUCUCCGGGUGAAAGUUGAGGAGGUUUGUCGUGUUGUUUUUCUCCUGAGGUACAAAGUUGGCUAACAUGGAGGCAACGCCACGAGGAGUGGAAGAGAACAUGUCGGCUCUGACGGUCAACAGUGAGUCAUGCGAGAACCUGGAGUGCUACAUGGUCCUGCUGGAUGCGGAGAAGAUGGCCAUUGGCUCCAUCUGCUUCCUGGCGGGCCCCGUCACGCUGUUGGAGAACGCCCUCAUCCUGGGCGUGAUCGCCGCCACGGCCUCGCUGCGCCACCGGCCCUCCUACCUCUUCAUCGGCAACCUGGCCCUGGCCGACGUCUUCGCCAGCUGCUUCUUCACCACCAGCUUCCUGGACUUCCAUCUCUUCCGCCACAGCGACGGCCCCACCGCCUACCUCUUUAAGCUGGGCGGCGUCACCAUGGCUUUCACCAACUCGGUGGGCAGCCUACUGCUGACCGCCCUGGACCGCUACCUGUGCAUCCACCGGCCCUGCGGCUACAAGGUGCUGCUGACGCGGCGCCGCGCCCUGCUGGGGCUGUUGGUGCUCUGGAGCACCACCGUCUUCAUCUCGUCCUUACCGCUGAUGGGCUGGACGUGUCCUACUGGGCUGGCUUUGCCCUGCUCCCGCCUCUUUCCCUACAUCAGCCGGGGCUACCUAGCCUGCUGGACUGGCUUCAUCCUGGUCCUCCUGGCUCUCAUCCUGGGGGCUUAUGUCCUCAUUCUGUGGAAAGCCCAUCGCCAUGAGGCCUCCAUGACCGUUCUCCAUGCAGGCCAUGCCCGCAUGAGGAUGGACAUCCGAUUGGCGCGCACCUUCGGCCUGAUCCUGCUCACGCUGGUGGGUUGCUGGCUCCCUGCGCUCUCCUUCAUGCUGGCCGACGUCGCCGUGGUCCUGACUCACACCCAGCAGAGGGCCUUCGCCUUCUGCAGCACCCUCUGCCUUUUAAACUCCGCCGUCAACCCCCUGCUGUACGCCCUGCGCUGCCGGGAGCUGAGACUGGCCCUGCUGCACCUGCUGGAGGUCCUUGGCGAGGCUACCAAGUGUAAAAAGUCCAAUCCCAGACAUCCGCCCAGAGAGGACAACAACUGUGCGAGCCAUUGUGACGUGGACCUGCCCAGAAGCUCACACUUUUGCACAGUGUUGGAAAUGUUGGACAAGCAGUAGAUGGAUAUUAGAACUGGUAGAUACAAGGAAUAUGUGAUUAUAUUUAUUAUAACACAGGUCAACCACUGCAGAGUGGAAAUGGUAAGCUGUCUUUGACCACUUGUGUAGUUAUCAACAAAUAUAUUGCACUACAAGAACCAAGGUUGUUCCACUCAGCCAGCAUUAAUAGUUCAACCGACAUUUUAAAGCGCACACAGAGGUAGAUAAGGCUUGUGUGCUUCAAAUGCAGCUGUGGGGCUCAUAAAAACCUGGGGUGUCUGGAUUGUUUGCAUUUAAAAUAUCCGAUACAAACGCUCCAAUACGGCGCGUUGACUUGUGCAAAUCUGGACAGAUGGUUAACAUCUAAAUCAGUGGUUCUUAACCUUGUUGGAGGUACCGAACCCCACCAGUUUCAUAUGCGCAUUCACUGAACCCUUCUUUAGUGAAAAAUAAAAAACUUUUUUUUUUUCAAAUUCAAGACAAAGUUAUAUGUUUUUGGUAACACUUUAGUAUGGGGAACAUAUUCUAAGUAACAAAGACUUAAUUUAGAGUUAUUUGGUUAGGGUUAGAGGGUUAGGGCCAGGGUUAGAGGGUUAGGGUUAUAAUAAGGCCAUGCCGAAUAAUGCAUUAAUAAGUACUUAAUAAUGACUAGUUAAGAGCCAAUAUGUUACUAAUUUGCAUGUUAAUAAGCAACUAAUUAAUGGUGAAUAUGUUCCCCAUACUAAAGUGUUACCAUGUUUUUUUACUGGUGCACAAAAUGAACCGUGCAUGAACAUCACCUUGUUCAAACAACAAAACCAACACAGUGCAUAAACUCACAAUAAAUUACACGCCUGCAAAUCAGUCUGACUUCUGCUGUUGCCGUAUCCGUAAUACGCCGAUAGGGAGAAGUUUUUA